UUAAACUAUUGGUUACUGUAUGUAUUUUACAUUUUAUUGCAUUCGGUCUUAAUAGGCUAAUUCUAAUAAACAAUACUGUACAUGUAAAUCUUACAUUUAAUUUAAUUACAAAAGAAGAAGAGAAAAUCGCUCGCUUCUGUUACAGACUGUAACUUCGUAAAAAAACCCAAUACAUAUUUACAUAUAGAUUAAUUUUAUUUAUUUACUUGAGCUGUGCUGUUUAAUUUAAGGGUUAUCAUGAUUUUCUGAAUAACUUUUACGAAAGUGACUGCAGUUUAUAUUAGAUAUUUUGUUUCAUAAAAAAUGUAAAUCAAAUGUGAGAAAUAGAAAAGUUUAAAAUUUAGGCUUAAAUUAUGUUAUGCAUUUUUGAUAUAUGCUACACAUCGUUUUCUUUCAUGGACUAUGGACCCCCUAAAGUAACCUUGGCCACCCCCCGGCCAUCCUACGUAUAAAAUUCUAGUUCAGCCACUUCCUGACAUCAAUUCUUUACCAUCAUCAGCAUCAUAAUCAUCACCAUGGGACGCUACAGCGGAAAAACUUGUCGCCUGAUUUUUAUGCUCGUUAUCGACGUGAUCUUAUUCGUGGCAGAGAUUGUGGCGGGAUACGUGGGCAACUCCAUCGCGCUGGUAUCGGACUCAUUUAACGUUCUGUCGGAAAUUCUGUCACUGUGCGUCGGGCUGACGGCGGCGCGGGUGGCGCGUCGCGCAGGCUCUGGCCGCUGCACGUACGGGCUCGGGCGAGCAGAAGCAGUCGGCGCGUUGGCAAACGUCAUUUUCUUGGCCGCGCUCUGCUUUUACAUCUCUAUGGAGGCACUGGAGAGGCUCGCGCGCCCUGAGGCCAUCGAUGACCCGUUGCUGGUGCUGAUCGUGGGUUCGUUGGGUCUUGCGGUGAAUCUGUUGGGUCUGGUGAUCUUUCAGGACUGCCGCUGGCUAUGCGCAGGGCGAGAGAAAGACGCGCCAGACGAGAAAAGCCGGGAGGCAAACGAAGAAGGCAGCCUGGCUGACCAAACCGCUUCUAAUGAUGAGGAGCAGUCUGGGAAUGAUGGACAUCCUCUUAACAUAAGAGGUGUCCUGCUUCAUGUGUUAAACGAUGCCCUGGGGUCAGUCGUGGUGGUUGUGUCUUCAGCUUUGUUUUAUGUGUGGCCCCUGGGGCCCGAUACCUCGUGUAACUGGCAGUGUUAUGUGGAUCCAGGUCUAACGCUCAUUAUAAGGGCCAUCAUUAUGUCAUCAGCCACUCCACUGGUUAAAGAAACCACAGGAAUACUGCUUCAGAUGUGCCCAGCCGACCUGCCUCUGACCGCUGUCUUGCAGAACAUUUGCAAACUCACUAGAGUUGUGAGUAUUCAUGAUGUCCAUGUGUGGGAGUUAACCAAAGGACGUAAUGUGGCUACCCUGCAUGUCAAAGUCUCUACUGACCACCACGAUUCGUCCUGGAGAACAAACAGACUAUUGAGACUUCACACAGAGAUUCUCGAAAUCUUCCAUCGUGCUGGAGUUCACAGUGUGACUGUUCAGUUUGAGCCCAUUGAAGUAGAGCAGGACAGAGGGCAUUGCAACGCCCCCUGUCUGUCCCCAGCCUGCACAAAACUUUCCUGCUGUCCUGCCGCAGUUUCCUCUGUGCCUGUUUUUCACGGAAGACUGUCCGCACCCUCUGGGGAUGUAGCUGUCAACAUGGUAGACGGUAGCAAUUCCUUGUUGAAAGAGAGCAAACAUAUACCAGUCACCUGCUCUAAGAGCACAAAAUUUUAGCCCUAAAGUUUUAUUUCUUCAUAACCGUUACACUGGAAUCUUAUUUUUUUUCUCAUUAAUGAAUCCUGAUUGGUUGUUCAUAGAACAAAAGAAAUUAAAUUUUGUAUUUAUUAACUUAGACACUUUGUCUGAUGUACUUCGGACUUGAAAUCUCAAGGAUGACUCUCACUACUCUUUAACCUCCUGAGAUUACUGACUCUAGGUCAUUUCUGUUAGCUAGUACUUUACAACAAAGGCUAAUGUAUUGAAUGUAAUUUAAAAUUCAAAAAGAUGCAAAAUCUGUCAACAGAUUGUCUGAGCCAUAAAGCCAUAUUGUAAAUAUUGAAUUAUGAUUUGCUUCUUUAAAAUGUCUUUUAUUAUGGUUAUAAAAUACCUUUUUUUAAACUGUGAAAAGAAUAUUGCAUAUUGAAAUUGUAAAUUUUUUAAAUAGAAAUUCUUUUUUAAGAUGUAAAAUAAAUAUUUUGUGUCCCCAGAGUAUGUAUGUGAAGUUUUAGCUAAAAAUACCUCACAGAUAAAUUAUUAUAACAUGUUAAAAUUGCCACUAGGUUACGUUUUUGUGUGUGUUCUUUAAAAUGCACAUGAUCUGAUAAAAUGCAAACACUGAUCGCUAUAAUGUUUUUUUAUUAAAACUCAA